AUGGAUCCAUCAUUGAUCAAUAAAAGCCAAGAGAAAUCACUGCCAUUACAUGUGAUUCAUGUUUCUACACAUCAAUCCUUCGGAACUAAACAUCCUCAUCGAUCAAAUAUUUUGGGAGUUAAAGCAAGAGUUAGUGAUAUUCAUCAUGUAAUGGUGAAAUCACGACGUCAUGUCCAUCAGAAUGGCAAGAAAACAGUCCACCAGCAUAAAAAUAAUCAUUCGGUCAGUCUUGUAUUCAGUGUUAUAAGUUGCAAGAUCUGA